UACUUUACCCUGGAAGUUAGUAUUCUAUUUUCUACCCACGUCAUAUGACCAACUUAUAUACUAAUAUUUUUUUUUUUAAAACAAUGUAUAUCCUAACUUUUGUUAUUAAAAGAAAUACUUUGGCUUAUGCAUAAUAUCAGCAGCACAAAACAAGAGAGUUUGGUGCACAAUAUACCUGGUUCAAUAUUCUCCCCUAUAACUCUAUCUUCGAUCGGCAUGAGGCCACAACUGCACCUUACGGCUGCCGUCGUGGCAGUUUUCAUGACUGCAUGGUUAGCAUACAGCCGUGGAGUAACUCCAUCCAAGGAUGUCACAAAAACAUCAACCUUCGGAGUUUUCAAUGUAUGGCAAUACGAGAAUAAGCUUCCGAUUGAAUACGGCGCCGUUGGACCGGAGAGUUUCGCCUUCGAUCCUCACGGUGAAGGACCUUAUACUGGAGUUUCCGAUGGACACAUCAUCAAAUGGCACCAUCAUCAAAACCGUUGGGAGGACUUUGCCGUCACUUCUUCUCCACACAGAGGUGAUGAUGAUGAUGUUGAAGAGUGUGGAGGACCAUAUAAGGAGCAUCCAAAGAAAGAGCACAUAUGUGGGCGCCCGCUUGGGCUGUGCUUUAAUGUAGCAUCUGGUCAACUUUAUGUUGCUGAUGCAUACAUGGGACUAGUUGUUAUUGAACCCACCGGCGGCAUUGCUAGAAAAGUCAUAUCACAUGCAGUAGAAGGUCAACCGUUGGCUUUCACAAACAGUUUGGAUAUUGAUCAACGAACUGGAGCAGUGUACUUUACCUCCAGCAGUUCUAAAUAUGAGAGAAGGGAUUAUGUGUCUUUGAUCCUAACAGGCGACAACUCAGGAAGGCUAAUAAAAUAUGAACCAAAAAGUGAACAAGUCAAUGUUCUUCUAAACAAUCUCACAUUUGCAAAUGGAGUAGCACUUAGCAAAAAUGGUAACUAUAUUUUAAUAUCAGAGACUACAAAAUGUAGAAUAUUAAGGUAUUGGUUAGAAACACCUAAAGCUGGAACACUGGAAGUCUUUGCUAAUCUACCAGGUUUUCCCGACAACAUAAAACGGAGUCCAAGAGGAGGAUUUUGGGUUGGAAUUAACUCAAGAAGAGAAAAACUUAUUCAAUGGAUGAUAUCAUAUCCUUGGAUAGGAAAAGGGUUGGUCAUGCUUCCUUUAGACAUAACAAAAACUUAUUCAUAUUUGUCUAAGAAGAAAGGGAGUCCUGGAUUAGCAAUUAGGCUUAGUGAGGAGGGUGAUGUGUUGGAAAUUGUUGAAGAUCAUAGAAGUGGUAAUAGAAGUUCUAUUACUGAGGUUGAGGAAAGAGAUGGAGUAUUAUGGGUUGGAUCACUUGAUGCACCUUUUGUUAUUAAGUAUAACAACUCUUGUGGCGCAAGCAUAAAGUAAGAAACAAAUCAAUCUCAAGCAUUGAUUAUAAGCACAAAAAAAAAAAAAAAAAAACUAACCUCGUACAUGUUAUAAAAUUUAGUUAAGUGCCAAAGCUGGUGAAGAUUUAAGUUUAUAUUAAUCCAUAAC